AUGGCUGCUCCCGACGGUACGAGAGUCGCUCUCAGAGAGGACCCCAAAGCCAAGGACCACCGGGUCACCAUAGACCACCACGGGUUCCUGCACAUAAUCGAGGAGAUUCUGUUGGCCGGAUAUCCAGAUUUAUUCAUUGCCUUCCGGGCGCUCUCGAAGGCUUGGAGAGAGAGGAUCGACGCGUCCAUGUUCCAACACUUGUUCGUCCACUCAGCGUCUUGGUUGGACAGGCCAGUCAUUCUCCAGUGGAACCGAGCGCGUAUCCCCAUCAAGCCCGUCGACUCGCGACUCUUCUACACGGAGUGCAUCUCUGUUUUUGGGUCCGUCAAGCUCACAGAGCUGCCAUUCGACAUUGGCCACAUGCGCAACCUGAAGAUGCUCAACCUCGUCAAUAACGAUGCCGACCCUACGAAUAUCCGCCUGGAACCGACAGUCACAUCAACAGUCGUUCAUGACAUCACUGCCGUACCAGUGCAGCACGUCAAGCUCCCGCACUAUUGGUCUCCUGGCAUUGUGGUGGUAAACGUUCGGUACAACCCCUCGCGCGCCGUGGCCAACACUGAGUUCCUGUGGGAUCCGCUGCGGCACCGCGACGCAGCCAAGUGCCUCAUGGUCUUGUUUACAAAGUAUCGUGUGCCAUCGGAGAGUGAUACCUUUGUCCACGUCGGGAUUCACCCACCUCGUUUUUACUUUGUCCAGUGUCUCCUCCAGCAUUUAGUAACUGCUCCGACCUUGCAGAUGGUCAUUGCAGGAAUGGAGGUAAUGGACGGUGAGUGGUUUGGGUUUGACCCAGAAGCCACGGACCUCGUCGUCCGUCAGCGGGUUAUUCAAGAUGCACUAGAGACGGCGUUUUGGCAGAGUCUGAGCCCUCAGGGCUCCGAUAUCCCGAAAGCUACGGAAUACUGUACUGCAAUGUUGAGGAGCAUCAGCUUCAUAACCAUUGAGAAGUACAAGGAGCUCGACUUGAAUGAGUAUCAGUUGGCGUGCAACACUCUUGGUUAG